AUGGGUGACAGUGAGACUUGGUACCCAGCAAGAGAUAAUUCAAAUAAUAAAGUUAUACACGAUGAAAUGUUUUUCUGGAAAGCUUCAAGGUCGAAGAGAGAUACUGUACAAAACAUACCUAGUUCGAGCGAGUCUACUUUGCCAGACCAUGUUACAAAUUCAACUACAUCGAAAACUACUUCUGAAUCUCCAAAUGUUGUAUAUGAUGUAGGGCCUUCAAAUUCUUCAAUAUUAUCAGUAGUACCUAUUAAUGUUUCAUCAUCUGCUACUCCUAAUGUAUCUGACGUGAAUCCAUCAGAUGCAGCUCCAUUGCCUGGUAAAAGUUCAGCUGAAGAUGAACACAACAGUUCUAUGGCUAUAUUUUUUGUACUUUGUAUAUUAGCACUGGGCAUACUUUUAAUUCACCUUAUGUUACAAACGGGCUUCUCAUAUCUGCCCGAGAGUGUCGUAAUCGUGUUCCUGGGUGCAUUAAUUGGUAUGAUUAUAAACCUUAUGUCUAUAAAAAAUAUUGCUAAUUGGAGAAAGGAGGAAGCCUUUUCACCCACUGCAUUCUUUUUAGUUUUAUUACCACCCAUAAUUUUUGAAUCUGGAUACAAUCUGCACAAAGGAAACUUCUUUCAAAAUAUUGGUUCAAUCUUAUUAUUUGCUAUUGUCGGGACUGCAAUAUCAGCAUUUGUGAUAGGUGCUGGUAUUUAUUUAUUGGGUUUAGCUCAAGUAGUAUAUAAAUUGAGUUUUGUUGAAUCAUUUGCCUUUGGAUCUCUUAUUUCUGCAGUGGAUCCUGUAGCUACAGUUGCCAUAUUCCAUGCUCUAGAUGUCGAUCCAGUUUUGAACAUGUUAGUAUUUGGGGAGAGCAUACUUAAUGAUGCUGUUGCUAUAGUUCUUACAACAGCCGUUCUAGAUUCGAAUGACCCACUGAUGUCAACAACAGAAGCUAUAUUGUCUGCUAUAAACCGUUUUUGGUUAAUGUUUUUUGCUUCUGCUGGAAUUGGAGUUCUGUUUGCACUUAUAAGUGCACUUCUUUUAAAACAUGUAGAUCUUCGUAAGAAUCCAUCUCUAGAAUUUGGUAUGAUGUUAGUGUUUACAUAUGCCCCCUAUGUGUUAGCUGAAGGGAUUCAUUUAUCUGGUAUAAUGGCAAUAUUAUUUUGUGGAAUAGUGAUGUCACAUUACACUCACUUUAAUCUUUCGACUGUAACUCAAGUCACUAUGCAACAAACUAUGAGGACCCUUGCUUUUAUUGCUGAAACCUGCGUCUUUGCAUAUUUGGGACUUGCUAUAUUUAGUUUCAGGCACCGUGUUGAACCAGCAUUAGUUGUUUGGAGUAUUGUGCUAUGUUUACUUGGAAGAGCAGCAAAUAUUUUUCCUCUUGCUUUACUAUGCAAUAAAUUCAGAGAGCAUAAAAUUACCAAGAAAAUGAUGUUUAUUAUGUGGUUUAGUGGAUUAAGAGGUGCUAUAUCAUACGCGUUAUCUCUCCAUCUGGAUUUUUCUGAUGAAACCCGGCAUGUGAUUAUAACAACGACUCUUAUAAUUGUUUUAUUUACUACUUUAUUCUUUGGAGGUUCAACUAUGCCUUUACUGAAAUUUUUACGUGCUAAUAAGAAAGUUAAACGGUCAAGGUCAUUGCGCAAGCAGAAAGAAGUAAGCUUGUCAAAAACUAAAGAGUGGGGUCAAGCCAUUGACUCUGAACAUUUAUCAGAAAUUACUGAGGAAGAACUUGAGGUUAAUUACUCUCAUGCAACAAGGCUUAAAGGUUUUGUAAGGUUGGAUAUGAAGUAUUUGACACCGUUUUUCACCAGAAGAUUUACACAUCAGGAACUCAAAGACUGCAAGAGUCAAAUGACAGACCUCACAAAUCAAUGGUACCAAGCUAUCAGGAUAUCUAAUGAUCAUGAAACAGACGAAGAUGAGAGUUUGCAACCUAGCUCUCUUUCGAACUCUCACACAAGUCUCCAACGGGGCGUAUAAAUAUAAUUACAAAAAAGCAUUUUAGUAUGUUAAUAGUUUAGGUAAUGUGCAAUAUUUUAAUAUUUCACGUGUAUAUUUUAUGUGCUUUUCAUGUACUUUUAAUGAUAUGUAUAUUUCUCAUUCAAAAGGCAGGGCCUACAUUAAUUUAUUAAAAAAACAUUUAAAAUGUAAAAUUUUAUUCUUAAAUGUA